GAACUUGGAGCCGUAUAGUUUAUUUUAUUAAAAAGAAAAUCAGAACUGAUACUUCUAUAUAAGUUUUAAUUCGUUUGUCUGUGGUAAUUUAUUUUAGCUGAAGAAAUCUUUGAACUCUUUCAAAUUUUAUUCGUGAUUCGUGAAUAUUGGCGGAGUUAGCGCCGCAAACUUAUUCUAGAUUGCGAGAUAUGAGCUUCUAAAUUACUGCAGUUGUUAAUAAAAUACCGUAAAUACAGUUUUAUGAAUAAAUUGAAUAGCUGACAUUCGCAAGAUGCUCUACAUAAAUAUUUUGAAACAGUCAACCAUAGUGCAUUUGUGUUUCGCUAUAUCUUAUUUCACAUCAGGCUUAAUAUUAAGUUGUGUUCAGGCCAUUUUAUAUUUUGGCCUAAAGCCAUGCAACAAAACACUGUACAGGAAAAUUAAUUAUUAUCUAUCUUAUUCAUUUUACUGUCAAUUAGUGUUCAUGUCAGAAUGGUGGUCAGGUACAAAAUUGUCUAUAUAUGUUAAGAAGGAUGAAUAUGAUAAAUAUUAUGGAAAGGAACAUGGCUACCUUAUCAUGAAUCACAGUUACGAAGUGGACUGGCUCAUGGGUUGGCAUUUCUGUGAUGGAAUUCAAGUUUUGGGAAACUGUAAAGCCUACGCAAAAAAAUCCAUACAGUACAUGCCGCCUAUAGGAUGGAUGUGGAAAUUUUCAGAGUUUGUAUUUUUGGAGAGGUCAUUUGACAAGGAUAAAGAGAUAAUCAAAACGCAGAUAUCAGAGAUAUGCGACUACCCCGAUCCAGUUUGGCUAUUAUUGACACCAGAAGGUACGCGGUUCACUCAGAAGAAACAUGAGGCAUCGAUCAAGUUCGCCACAGAGAAGAACCUGCCGGUACUGAAGCACCACCUCACGCCGCGCACUCGGGGCUUCACCACGAGCCUGCAGUACUUUAGGGGCAAGAUACCCGCCAUUUAUAACAUACAGUUGGCAUUUGACAAAAACAGCAAGGUUCCACCUACAUUAACAAGUAUGUUGUUUGGCAAACCGGUGCACGCGCACUUGUACAUUGAGAGAAUACCCGUGGAGACCAUUCCCGAAGACGAGGCCGAAGCCGCCAAGUGGUUGCACGACGUGUUUGUAGUAAAGGAUAAAAUGCAGGAUUCAUUCUUUAACACGGGGGAUUUCUUCGCAGAGUCUGGAGUGGAGAAAGUAGAGCCUUUCCAGAGGCCUAACAGAAUAUACUCUCUGUUGAACACACUCGGCUGGGCCGUUGUGACCCUGACCCCUAUGUUGUACUACCUUCUGGGACUGUUGUUUAGUGGGAAACUCCUUUACUUUUCGAUUGGUGUGACUAUCCUCGCUGCAUUUUAUAUACUCCUUCAGAAGUCCAUUGGCAUGUCGAAAAUCAGUCAAGGUUCUUCCUAUGGAACAGAGAAAAACAAAUAGUAGUUAACUAAAUAAGGUAUGCAUUAGUGUAUAAAUAAAAAAAAAUUGAAUCUGUAAACAAAGAAGGUAUUGUUAUAAAAAAAUGUCUAAUGUUUUACAUCAUUUAAUAGAUUUUUUUAUGUUAUUUAUAUUUUUCUUGGCUUUGUUAUGUUUGUUUUGCAUAGCCGUAAUCUUGUACAUAACAGAUAGACCUUAGUCGAACGACACAGAUAUAAUUAUUAAUAGUUGAACAUUAUUUUUAGACUACAUAUUCAUUAUUUGUAUGUUAUUGGAAAGACUGUCUUUAAAAAGGUAAUCGCACACUGCAAUUUAGAAAUCCAUUUUGUACAUCUAAUUACACUAUAUCUAUAGUUUUAGUAAAAAAAUUGUAUAUUUAGUAAACAAAAAAAUAUUGAAUAGCGGCAGGCGAAAGCGACUUGGAGAAGGUUCAUUAUGGAUAAUUGCUUUACUGUACUUUCCCAGGGAAAUCUUAUGGAUACAAGCGAGGACGUCUUUAUGCCCACUUUGUAUUUGACUAUAAUAGGAACAUUUCCUGAGGAUACAUACGUUUUAGAAUUAAACAUAUUAUGUAGAUGGUUUUUGUCGGGUUUAGGUGACGUUGUCGUUUAAACUAGUCGGUUUUUCGCGGAAAAUAUGUGUAUGGCGGAAUAUGCAUGUAUUUUAUAUUUCUAAUUUUGAUAUUACAAUGCUAUAAAAAUCUUCCUCUCUGUAUACAACAGUUAAUUUCACAGACUGAUUUUAUGCAUUCAAUACACCGCCAUUUUAGCGCUCCAUGUGAUCGCUUAAAUGACGUCGCAUAUGUCAAGAGCCAUUUUUCUAUUGGUUGCAAGAACUUGGUAAUGAGAACGGUUAACAUCACUUACCAAACCGACCAAUAGCGAGUUAUUUACUUCACUGAGUUUCCCGGGAAUUUCACGACUUUUUAAACUAUUGAUGUAAGUUUAAUACAUGCCAAUAAUCUUUACAAAGAAAUAUCUGACCUUAAUUCGAUUCACACGCAUAAAUAUUCCCUAUGGUACAGUAAGGCAAUUAUUCACUGUCCAAACUAAAUAUUUUUAUUUGAUAAAUAAAUCUCUAAAUCUAUGAAAAAAAUUGUAAACCAUUUAUUUCUAUUAAUGGGGACAUUGGACAAGGAAGCUAAAUUUACAGGGAAUUACAUGAAAAAAAAAUAUUAUAUGGGUAUUCAUAUUAAUUUAAUCUAUGACUCAUAUCUGUACGUAAAAGUAGAGUAUUAUUUUGUAGUACAUAUAUUACAAGUAUAGCCAUAACAAAAUACAUAAAAAUUAUUGUAGCUACAUUGAAAGUAACAUACAUUGUAUUGUAGCAGGAAUAGUUAAAAUACUCCCAAUACAACCAUAAAAUAAAAGUAAAAUGGAAAUUUUAUAAUUGUUAGCCAUUGACCUCUUAUAAUAAAAGGACGCACAAUCAUGUAGAAAAUUUCACUUAAAAACUGGUCAAUUCUGCUUUGACAGUCUUAGAAUUAUACCUAAAAGUCUCAAAAUGUAGUCCAAUAUUCAAUAAAAUCCCAAAUUCAGAGCAAAUUCAACCUUAAGAAUAGAGUUUUAAGGUUGAAUUUGUAAAUGCGACUACUUGAAUUGAGUGAAAAAAAGUUGUUUGGCACUUAUUGAGUGGGGACGUUUUUUGGUCGCUGAUUGUGCAUCCACUUUUUAAUAGGAGAUCGAUGUUGUUAGCAUAUACUCGUAAUUAGGUUUAUGUUUUCAUGUAGGGAAAUAAACUCAAUACAUAUACGCGCAAAAAUUACUAAGAAUGUAUAAAAGUGUUAGUAUUGGAAAUGGUCUGAUAUUUUCUACUCGGUCUUGUAUUUUUAAGUACUAUUUUUUUUUUAUAACUGAUACAAACUUAUUUUUAUAUGUAUUUGACAUAGAUUAUUAUUAUCCACUUAUGGGUGAUGGUUUUGAUUUACAACUAUAUAACAUACAUUUUGUAUACUGUCUAUAUUUUGUAUCCUAACAUUAUUUUCAAACAUUUUGUAUUAACUAUACAGAUAUAAUGUAAAGAAUACACAAUAUUAUUACAAAUGUAUUUAUUAUAAGUCAAGUGCUAAGGAAUUUUGUGUUUGUGUACAAUGAUUUCUGUGUGUGAUACUAGAUUAAUUUAACAUUAUUAGGCUGAACUUUCUACAAAAAAGUUAAGUACUUUAGUUUAUAUAUUACACAAAGUAUGUGGGUACAUGAAUAAACGGUGAGAUUUUAUUACCUCUACCAACAAUUUUAUACUAUUAGGGCCUAAAGUGUGAUCCGAAUUUAACUACUCCACUGUACGUACACAUGCACAAUUUUGUAUUUACUUACAUUAUACAGGGUGCUGGGGAGUAUUUUUUAUAACUCUUGGAUUAUAUUCUUUACGUAUAUAUUGUUUUUACACUUCCUGAACACACAACUCGACAUUGUUGACAAUUAUUUAGAUAUUAUUUUGUGUGGCUAAAUAAAGUAAAAACAAUUAGCCACCUUUGUUCGCCUCAGUUUCUUUAGUGACAUGUCUAAUAAUAUAAAAUCUUUGACCUCUACUAGACUUUUCAGACAGACCUUGUAUGCUAGAUGUAACAAGCAGUUCUACUAUGACUGAAAAACUUUCUUGCUAUUUCUGUUUGAAGGAUAAGUUUGCCAGUAAUAACUCCAGCACCUGCAGGCUAAUUCACUAACUUUGACAUAAUAUGUUAGUCGACAUAAACGAAAUUGAGAUUCUAUGUAACAAAUGUCAUCCAGUGCCUACAGACAACCCUUCGGAUAUAUAGUAGGUAGAUGACAUUUCUCAGUUGAUUUGAUGUUCAUUUUAAUAGCUUGUUAAAAAUAAUGAAUAGGCCAGUUGACCUCUAUUCCAUUAUCACCUUUGAUUGAGGUUUCACAGUAAGCUAUGGUACAAAUGUGUUAGCAAGAUGAGGCAGUUGCAUAAUAUACUUAUAGCAAGUUUAGGCAUUAUUAUUGUUUUAUUACUGAAUAAAAAAGCACAAAAAUACAUUUUCAUGGACUAAUUUGGACACACACAAGCGAAUUGUAUAAAAUCUAUACUAAUAUUAUAGAGAAGAAAAUAUAAAAUAUUUUAGUAAUUGACAAAGACAAGACUGCCAACUUUGUUAUGAGAAUGCCACACAGUGAUCAUGAUGUAAUUUCAUGUCAUGAAAGCUGUGAUUGUCCAAUGGAUAUGACCUCUGCCACCGAUUCCAGAGGGUGUGGGUUCGAAUCCGGUCUGGGGUAUGCACCUCCCAACUUUUCAGUUGUGUGCAUUUUAAGAAAUUAAAUCUUACGUGUCUCAAACGGUGAAGAAAAACAUCGGAGGAAACCUGCAUACCAGAGAGUUUUCUUAGUUCUCUGCGUGUGUGAAAUUUGCCAAUCCGCAUUGGGCCAGCGUGGUGGACUAUUGGCCUAACCCCUCUCAUUCUGGGCGGAGACUCAGCAGUAAACCGAAUAUGGGUUGAUAAUGAUGACGUCAUUCGUCAGGUUAACAACUUGUAGAAUAGUGAUAGCUAGAGGUAAUAAUAUCACUGUAUUAAAAAAUUUGAAGUUCUUUCUCAUUUCUAGUGUUGUAUUAGCUUAUAUUUUAUUUAUUGCCUUACUUUGUAUGAAAACUUUAGAAAUAAUUGGCAUUUUGGUAAUUUGAGGCUCAAAACUAUUGAUUUUUGGUUUUAUUUUAAUUUGAAGCUGUAUACAUGCACAUGUUAGAUUAAUUUAUCAAAGAGAGUAGGAUUGGAUGUUCGUUGAUAGAUACUAUGUACAAGUAACUUGUUUACGAUUGUUAUGUAUAAACAUUUUUAUUAAACCCUUUUCAAUCAA